UGUAAGAUAAUUACCAGAGUGAGUCGUGUCACUCGCGCAUACGCAUUUUGCAAAGGAAACGUUAUCAUCGUUUGUCAUCCAUAAAUCUCGCCCGUAGAGAAAAUAAUGUGGUUUUAAUUCAGGAAUUUAGUUUUUAACCACCUUUACUGAUCAUGACAGGAGAUGGAACGGAGAAUGAGGUGGGGGCGGUCGACCAUGGAUGGAGUGCAGCAGCAGAAAGUGCAGCUGAGGAAAGACGACCUAGUAUUGGGAUGCUACAAAAUUUGCGAAAGAAAGUAUCCAAAAGCCCUUUCCAUUAUCAAUACCAGUCUCUUGUUUCAUCCACCUCUGACUCCUGUGGAUCAUCUGUGAACCACUCUCGAAACAAACAGGAACCUGGCAGCAAAGGUCAUGUAAUGGAGGACGUAGGGAGAGAAACUUCAAAGGAAGUAAACCUUGAUGACAUUUUUGCCCCUCCACCUGAAUUUCAGAGUUCACCUCGCGAGCUUCAGCCUGAAACGAAGACUGUGGAAAAUGGAGCUGAAUUUUCUGAACAUCCAAAGGACCUAUUCCAGACCCUUAAUCCCAACGGCAUCCAAGGCAGUUUCCAGACAUCAACAUUGGCCCAAAACGUAUCUGCCGAUGGCCAUUUUUAUGACAUAUCCCUGAACUCGCCAGAUUUAUUUAAUCCAGUCUUCGCUCAAACACAGAACCUCUCAAAAACCUUGCAUUUAAAAAGCUCUGGCCUGUUUAAAGAUGAAGGCGUCAAUCUUUCCCAGGCUGCUAAAGGAGAGAAGUUACUUCACACUGAACGCACUACGGAGGUAAACCCCUUUGAUAAAUCUUCCAGUAUUUUUGUAGACCCAUUCAAAUCUCCAUCAAACAUGGAGGAUAAUCGGUUCCAGUCUCCACAGCCAGUGAUGACGAACCCAUCAUAUACUGCCACGACCAAAGAAGUAGAUUUGUUUCAAACAGUUCCGACUAAAAGUGGAGAACUCUUCAACAUCAGGGAAAACAAACAAGAUCCCUCUACCAAAGAGGACCUUUUUGGCAUGUCUUUUUGGAAGGUAAAUCUGGAUGUAUUUUCAUCUUCGUCUACAAAUACAGUCGACCCAUUCCCAAGCCCAAUCGCAAGGGAUUUAUUCCAAGACCUUUCCAGCUUGGAUGACCCGUUCGGUACUACUCCCUCAAGACAAUAUGACCCUUUCCAAGAUGUUUUCCCUGGGACUCCAGACAGCUUCCUACCUUUUCCCUCGGACACUAAUGGCAAGGAUCUAUUUGGGAUAACCUACAACAAUACAGCCUUUAAGGCCCCAAACUCUACACCUUCACUCAACAGCCCGUCAGAAAUGAAGUUGGACAUGCUUUCGUCACCAGAUCGCUCCAAGGCAACUCCAUCAGAAUCUCAUGCAGCCGUCCGACCAAAGUCUUCUAACGGGCCACAUGCUAUUUUCUUGACGAAUCCUCAGGGAACCGAGUCUGAUAUUUUUCAGCCGAGUCCCUUCAGUCGGGCCAGGAAUAUGUCCGUGUCAACCAGACCAUCUCCAGCUGACAUGACUCAUGUGUCAACCUUCAAACGUCCACCAAAGCCACUUCCCCGAAGUAGACCACUAAGGCCAGAAAAGCAGCCCGUGCCGGAAAAGCCACCAAAACCAGAAAGGCCACCUCCACCCACGCCCGCAAACUCUGUUGAACCUGAAGCAACUGUGCCAAAAAUCGCUCCCAAACCAGCCUUCAGACCAGUCCCAAAACCAAUUAUUCAACACAAAACAACUCCGGAAAGUAAACCAAUUGAAUCUGAGAACUAUCUCGUCUUUGAAGACAUCUUGUUUGUUGGACAGGAAAAGUGUGUUGAAGACUGGCCUGAAGACAGCCCUCAACUUAACCCUGACUUCAAACCAUCUGGAACAUUAAGACUCCGACGAGAAUCAAUGAAAAUAAAGGCAGACUCUGAUGGAGGAAGUGGCGAGGAUCAGGAUGACUCUGAGACUCACGGCAAGAAAAAGGACAGAAAGUUUAGAUUGUCCAUGCUUUCCAGAAGAGGGUCAAAUAAGUUUCCUGAUGACAUAACUGAUGAGAGGAGCAAGACCCUACCCACCUCUCGUAAAUUAUCAAAGGAGUAUUUUUUAGACCUACCAAUGUCUGCACAAGAGAAUGAAGAUGAGGAUUGGAAUGGGAUGGACUAUAAGAAGAAACCUUUGAAGACCAAAGUCAAACAGCUGCUAAGAAGAGCAUCCGUUGCUUCUUCCGUGCCAGAGGGAAAGCACGUGCACGGACAUUUACCUCGGGAAUCAAAGGACGAUGACAUUAAUGAGAAAAAAGUCGGCAAAAAAAACUCCAUCAUACGCCGAUGGUCAGAGGGGACAGUUUUGCAUGACAGCACUGGCGAGGAGGGGAGAUUGGAAGCCCAGCACGAAGAGGUUGACAGCCAUGGAUUUAAGAAAAAAAAGAGGGUGAAAAUCAAGUUUGUGCCACACAGAGGAUACGCCAUCACUGUAGAAAAGGGAGCACACGGAUAUACACCUCGCAAAAGCUCAAAGGAGAAAUUACAAGAUGAAGUUUUGGGUGCACAUGGCUACACACCUCCACUCCUCCAGUCCCAGGAUGGUACUUUUGUGGAUGUAGAGGAGAGAGGCCACAGUCUCCAUUCAUCUUGCAAGGCUGCUUCCAUGGACGAGGAGCACUUUCAGAAAACACACCGCAGGUCUGCUGAAUUGAGUGGAGAUGAUGAUCCAUAUGGAAUGGAAGACUGCCAUCCUAAAAAAACAACAAAUAUGAAACUGCUGCACGUGGGUCGUCGAACCUCUAAGGAGGACAUGCUGGAGGACACCGAUUAUCAGAAAAAGAAGAGCAGCUUCUCGGCAGACGAGUUAGACGAUGACUGCUGGAUGGAGGACUGCAAACCGAAGAAGCCAUCUAAACUUAAAGUCUUCAAAAAACCCAAGGGCAAAGCCAUGUAUCCAGAGUGUGAAGAUCCACCCGGAGCUACGUCAAGUGACUACCUGUCAGAGGCCGCCAAGGCGGAGUGGCUGGCUGCUCAGAUGGAUGAACAGGCUAUAGCAGGUCUGGAGGAUGAUGAAGAAGAUGAUGGGGACACUGACAGUUUGAUGGAGUGGUGGGGCUCUGUGGAGCAAUGGGAUGAGUUGCCCUCAGACGAUGAAGACCAAGUCUUAAAGGAGGAUGAGUCUAAGUCAUUCACCAUCUUAGCGGACAAGGUUCAUCGUGGCCUGCAUGUCUUCAACAAAAUCUUCACCGAGCGAGCGGAGGUCCUCUGGCAGUCCGUCGUCAUCCUCCACGCCCUCGCCGACGACAUCAACAAGUUCCAUCACAAGGCCAAGAUCGCCAGCCUCACCGGUGGCACCGCCACAGCCGUGGGUGGUGUGACAGCCAUCACCGGUUUGGCUCUGUCCCCCUUUACCUUCGGUAUCUCUCUCAUAGUUACCGCUGUUGGUGUGGGUGUGGCCGCAGCUGGAGGAAUCACGUCAGCCUCUGCUGCCAUCUCAGAUAACGUUAACAACAUGCACGACCGGAAGAAGGUGGAGAUGCUGCUGGAGGACUUCGAGGUUCACCUGCAGACCAUUGGGAAGGUCCUCCACUUUGUCAAUCAGGGCUUGUACAAACUCCGUGGCCAUCCUUUACUCAGGACCGGCACCCAACACUACUCUGAGGACUGGGAGAUCCGCAGGGCCGUCCAGAUGAUCAGCUUAGUCGACUCGCCCGUGAUGCGGGGGGUGGAGUUAACGGACGCGGCAGUCGCCUCGCUCCGAGGACUCUUCACCGGCAUUGACAAGUACUUCAUCAAGGACACCCGAGAGCUGAAGAAAGGCUGCAAGAAAGAGGUAGUGGGUCAAAUAAAGGAGGUGGCAAAUGUGCUCAAUGAUGGGCUAGUGGAGCUCAAUGCUAUCAGAGAGGAGCUACAGGAUGCUACUGGAUACAUGUGAGCACCGUCCUGCAUAAUGCUACUUUGACUGUAGUUAUUCACCACCAAGCCCCUCUCCUGGCUAAAUGACGGAACUGUUAUAAUGAAACGUAUGGGCCCAGUAGGUCAGUACCUGCUGUUAACUUAAUUUUAGACAUUAAAAGGGUGUGUAAGGUUGAUUUUUUUUUUUUUUUUUUUUUUUUUUAAAUCAGUUAGCUUAAGACAGCAGACUCGAGUAGUUAUAAGAAGUUUAGACAAUUGACAGGAUAUUCCAAUAAAUUGCUUUAGUGCUGCAAAAGAUUCAACCACCAUUAAGCUAAUAACGGUAAUUAUUUUGUUGUAGUUUUGGCAGAGAGGUGUUAAUUCAACUCUGGUAGCUCUUGAGGCUGUAGAUUACUCUUGUUGCAUUUGUAUUGUAUGAGAUGUUUAACAUCUUAACUACUAUAACAGGAAAGCAGACCCACAUCUUUGAGCACUGUGUUCGGUAGGCAAAAAGGUUUAAAUAUAAGGUGUAUCAAAAUCUUUGUGGUCACAGAUGGCUUAAUUUCACAUUUGAACAGAUUUUCAGUUUAAUUUGUCCUCCCACUGUAUUUACAGAAGGACAAAUAAUAAACAGGAGCACCUUACACUAGAAUGAGUUCAAUAACAGUUUCAACAAAAAAUGUAUAUAAAUUCACAAAGUAAAUGGCUAUUGUAUUACACUGUAUUAUAUUGUCAGCAUUUCCUAUCAUCUUGUCCCAUUCCUGUUUCAGACAUUGGUAUAAUCAAACAAAUGUUAGUAGUUGAGAAUCUACAAUGACACUUAGUCACACUUGCAUUGCCUCAUGGAGGUUGUAACAUUUGAAUGUGCUGUUAAAAUUGGCACGUUGAUAGUUUUUUAUUUGUUAAAUUAAAGUUACUGUAUUUCGUUUAUGGACAGGACUUUGUUUAUGCACACAUCUUAUAAGGAUAUAUUGUUGACAUAUUCACAAUUAAAUCAAUGUUGUAUAUAGGGUAAUUUAUUUUUAAUAUAUCACUCUAUGGCCUUGCUUUAAAAUGCCAAGAAGCACAUCUAAGUAAGAAAGAAUGUUUUGUAUCGUUGUUUUUAAGUUGGUGUGCAAGGAGUGGACGUAAUAAGAGAACAGUCUGACACUGCCUGCACUGUUGAAGCUGUUAGUUACAAUAUCAGUUACAAAAGCUUGAACACUUUGGACCAUAGUUUUUGGUUGCAGCUCUAUUUGUAAAGUAUUUCUGCAUUUGAAGUCACAUGUAAAAUGUUUGCACAAAAAAAAAUUUGCCAGAAUCGUUUAUAGAAAAAUUUUGUGUGAAUGUUUUAUCUUCAUGCAGAAUCCAUUUUAUUCCUCCUCAAUCCUCAUAUUAUAUUCACACAAAACUAGAGACACACUUGGUCUUACCCAUACCCUGUACAUGAAUGAUUUUAAAUGUUUAUAAUAUUCUAAUUUCAAACUAGUCAUUUGUUAAUAUGUUGUGAAUACAGAAAGAUUGUUGUAUGUUUUAAUGUUCAAUGUUUUAGUGACCACUUUUGGUCUUACUGGAUAACACUUCUGCCUUUAUGUUGUUGGAAGUCACACUGUCAGUGCAUCUUCCUGCAUUAUUUUAACCUGAACAGAAUGUAUCUGUAAAAUAUAUAUAUUCAGAUAUUUUAGUGUAACAAUGAAUCUUUGAAUAAAGACUGUUUUACAAAGUG